AUGGGCUGCAAAGUGGCCAAGCCCCACAGCCAGAACAAAGCUGCGCAAGCAGUGGCCUUCAUUCCCAUCGACAUGGUGCCGACUGUGGAGUCCAAUGUAUCCACGGACGAUGCCGGCGAUGUGGCCGAGGACUUCGAGCACAUCGAGCAGGUCGCAGAGGAAGACCUCAUCAUCCGCGCGCUACCUGGGGACGUAUCAAGAAUACCCGGCGUGGGCACGCCCAUCUCGACCAUGGCCGAAACACUCCCUAUCCGAGUGAAGGAUGCCUCCAGCAUUCUGACGAUGAGC